UCCUCCGGCUCGCACCGGCGGACCCAGCCUGCGGCAGCAAGCGGCUCCUCGCAGGAGUGCUGUCCCUGCCCCGCCGUGCUCAAGGCUUCACCGCCGCCGUGGUGGUCUGGGGCACCGGGGCUUCUCCUCGGGCACCGAGCCCGGUGCCCCGCGGUGCUUCUGCCUUGCUUUGGCGUGGCCGAGUAUCGCAGGGAGGAGAGGUAGAGGGGGGUGAACUCUGAGCUGCAACGUGAUGGUUUGCAUAGUGGGAAAGGCGUACUUGAGUAUGAGAAAGCUUCGAGUAUUUUUGAUGUUAUUACUGCCUCGCCAGAAGGCUGUGCUGAAGUUAAUCCGACGUGGUUGAAUCACUUUGUCACGUAGAAAACGAAAGGUUCACGCUCCCUUGGAGUAGAGCUAGCAAAAACGUGUGUGCUCAGUGAUCUGCUAUAGCCAGCUAGUUUUUUACUUUAAGUUGCCAGUUUCCGGUGUGAUUCUAUAAGAGAUUUGGGUUUUUUUCUUCCACCUCUGUAGCUGUUGUCACUUUGUAGCUUUAAGAACAAUCAGAACCUCAAAAACUUGCGGUAGCAAGGAGUGUAUGUUACUUUUUGUUAAUGUGAGAUAGCUUUCUGAAGACACUAAGUCACCAAGACGGUGUGCUUGCAAUUCAAAUUUAUCUCUCUGUCCAAGGCAGGCUGUAAUAAUACCUCAACUGUUCGUUCUCAUUUAAAGUCCAUCAUUUCCAUUGUAAAUGUGUCUCUCAGAGUUGGAUUUGAGGCACACACGUUGUAUCACAGUCAAACUGGAACAAAGCCCAGUCACUGGCUUUAGGUGAGGAUUCAGAAUGGGAGACAAGCCUAUCUGGGAGCAGAUUGGGUCCAGCUUCGUACAACAUUACUACCAGCUUUUUGAUGCAGACAGGACUCAGUUAGGAGCAAUAUAUAUUGAUGCAUCAUGCCUUACGUGGGAAGGACAGCAGUUCCAGGGCAAAGCAGCUAUUGUUGAAAAACUCUCUAGCCUCCCUUUCCAAAAAAUACAACACAGCAUCACAGCACAAGACCACCAACCUACACCUGACAGCUGUAUACUCAGUAUGGUAGUGGGACAGCUUAAGGCUGAUGAAGAUCCUAUCAUGGGAUUCCACCAGAUAUUUCUAUUAAAGAACAUCAACGAUGCCUGGGUUUGCACCAAUGACAUGUUCAGGCUAGCAUUGCACAACUUUGGCUGAGCUGGCAACCCCGAGGCACCCGUGCUUUUCCCUUUUUUUUUUCUUUUUUUUCCUCCUCUUACUGGUAUUAUUCACACUCACGGAACAUUCCAAAUAUCAUACACAAACCUGCAGCACCGCAGAGCGUGAGCAAGCAAGACCUGUGACCUGCCCUUCUGCUGAGUUUACAUUGUCACUAGAUGAGUUUCUUGUGCAUGAUGUUUGGAAGUUAGACUUAGCUGCAUUUGACAAGAGAAAUUUGUGUUGUACCAGCAUGCCUCGGAAAGAAUUUAUAAUGCAAAAGGUUGUUGUUUAUGUACUGACAAGAUGCUCUAUAACCCAAAGAAAUGAAAGAACAGCAGCCUGUACAGCCCAGAUAUUGAUUUGUUCAGAUGUUUCAAUGCUACAUUACACAAUAAAACCAUGAGAUUUUCUUAACAGUUUAAA